AUGGCUGCUUUGAAUCUGCUAGUUGAACAAGUCCUGCCUGCUAAUAUCAGCUUGAUAUUACUCAUUGGUAUCCUUAUCUAUGCUUGUAGCGUUAUUACUAUUCGCCUUUACUUCCAUCCCCUCAGCAAAUUCCCCGGACCACGGAUUGCUGCUGCGACCAGUUGGUACGAAUUCUAUAAAGAUGUCAUCCUGAGUGGACAGUACUCCAAAUCAUUUCCAUCGCUACAUGCGAAAUAUGGUUCUGUCGUCCGUAUUCAUCCCAAUGAACUUCACAUUAACGACAGUGACUUUUUCAAUAGAGUAUUCAAAAACGGAACGGACUUUUACAAGGAUCCUGCCUUCUUUGGCAGUAUUGGGUUCAAUGACUCCAUUGCCUUUCUCACCGAUCCUCACGAAUACAAGCUCCGUUAUGAUAUUGUGAAAACCCCCUUUGCAAAAAGACAUGUCGAUCUUCUGGCCCCCGAGCUGGAAAUGAUCGUGACAGAAGCUAUCAAUCAAGCAAAGAUCGCAGCGGAGACGCAGUGCCCGCUAAACAUUCAACAGCUCUAUCGUUGUGUCACGGUUAGUUCUUCAUCUUUGAACCUGGUGAUGUCGGGAACAGCCUGCCCGCCGUUCCUUUCCAGCAUAGACAUGUUUGCGGAUCGAUUCCAUCUGUUCAGAAGCUUUCCUAUCCUCGCCCGGAUUGCCCUUAACCUCCCUCCCAGACUGACGGACAUAGUCGCCCCGGGCUACAUCGACUUCAGACAGCGAUGUCUGGAGUGGAUGAGAGAUAUCUCUACAAAUCUUGCCUCAAGUGACCAAAAAGAGGGCAAUACCCGAAUGGCGGUUUUCAGUUCGCUUCUUCAAGCAGAGAAAGACUCUCCAUCGCGGUCUAUGGACGGGCUUGUUAAUGAAGCUUACUUCUUUUGCUUUGCUGGGACAGAUUCUACAAGCUACGCGCUAUCCUGCGCUACUUAUUACCUGCUAACGCACCCAAAUUCUGCAAAGAAGCUGAGAGAAGAGCUCGAGUGCCAGCCUGUGAACGCAGAUGGGAUUAUCGAAUACCAAUAUCUACGCAACCUACCAUAUCUGACCGCCGUGAUCAAGGAAUCACUUAGGCUGUCCUCUCCAGCUCCAUCCAGACUCCCGCGUAUUGUUCCCAAAGGUGGAAUUGAAGUUGAUGGCCAGUUAAUACCACCAGGAACAGCAGUCUCAAUGUCGACAAGGAUGAUCCACUUUGAUCCAGACAUCUUCCCCAAACCCGACGAAUUCAAUCCCGAGAGAUGGAUUGGCGAAAGCGGCAAAACACUGGACAAAUGGAACGUUGCAUUUUCCAAGGGAACACGCUCAUGUAUUGGCAUCAACCUUGCUUACCUUGAGUUGUAUGUUUGCCUUGCAAAUAUUUUCAACAAGACUCAGAUCGAACUAUACAACACAGACGAGAAAACUAUGGAGUGGAGUGACCACGGAGUGGCAAGAAAUGCGAAAGAUGUCCAUGUAUUGGUGAAGGGGGUCAAAGACUAG